AUGUCGCAGCAGCAGUGGGGUGCUCACCCUCCAAACACCGCCUACGGACAGCAGCCCGCGUAUACGCCGGGCAAUUCGGCACCUUACGCCCAGCAGUAUAAUCCGGCGCCCAAUGCCGAGCAAGGAUAUGGUACAUCAGAGAAAACUCCUAAUGCCGGCGGGCGCUUCAAACCGGAGAGCAGAGUACGCGAUCCAGUAUUCCUGAUUCUCUUCUGGCUUCAGUUCAUCGGUUUUUGCGUCGUAUCUGGCCUGGCACUCAGCUAUUGGGUUCGGGAGUCUGGUCUGAACGGAGGGCUGGGCAGUGGGAGUACUGGUAACAGUGCCACCCUGAAUAGCUCGACGGCAUAUCUAUUACUACUUGUAGCUGCAGCCGGCCUCGUUCUGUCUACCUUGUACUUCAUCCUGACGCGCGCGUUCACGCAUGCGAUAAUGCACAUCACGCUGCUCCUCACAAUCGCGCUCAACAUUGGAAUUUGCGCAUACUACUGGGUUACUAAGUACUGGUCGGGGGCCAUCAUCUUCACGAUCAUCGCUAUCAUCUCCAUCUUGUCCUACUGGGGUUUUCGCUCGCGGAUUCCGCUGGCAUCACUCCUGCUGCAGGUCGUUAUGGACGUCAGCAAGGCGCACAAGUCUGUCUAUAUUGUUGCCCUCACGACCCUACUCCUGCAGGCCGGGCUGAGCGUGUGGUACACCUUCUCGAUCAUAGCUACAUACAUACGGUGGACCCCCGGGAGCCCGUCCUGUUCGGAUGGUGCGGCGUGUUCCAGUGGGAAGGUCGCCGGCCUCAUCUUCUACCUCACCUUCUCGUACAUCUGGACGAGCAUGACCAUUAACAAUGUUUCUCUCGCCACGCUCGCGGGAGGACCGUACGGCAGUUGGUACUACUUCGGACCUCGAGACGCCGGGUUGAUGCCUAAACACCCUACGACUCAAUCAUUCUUCCGCGCUUCUACUAUGUCUUUGGGGUCCAUCGCUUUCGGGUCGCUCAUUGUGACGAUCCUUGAGAUCAUCCGGCUCAUCUUGAACUCCUUGCGAAACGAGUCUAUCGAUAACGGAGACCCCAUCACCGCUAUUCUGACAUGCUGCGCGCAAUGUCUCGUUGGUAUCAUUGAGGGAAUGGUGCAGUACUUUAAUCGAUACGCAUAUAUCGAGAUUGCUCUCUACGGAAAGCCAUACGUCAGAGCCGCCAAGGACACCUGGCGCAUGUUCAAGGAUCGAGGCAUCGAUGCUCUGGUCAAUGACUCGCUCGUGAGCAUGACAUUGACUUGGGGAUCCUACCUCGUUGGAGUCCUAUGCUCGCUUUUCGCAUACCUUUAUCUACGUUACACGGACCCGUCUUACAACGCGGACGGCCAAUACACAGCCCCCGUCCUCCUGUUCGCGUUUCUCAUCGGCGCCCAACUUCACUUGACACUCGCAUCUGCCAUUGAGGCAGGUGUAUCGACGAUAUUCGUUGGCCUGGGCGAGGAUCCAUAUGUCCUAGCUGCGCGAGCGCCGGCUUUGUUCGACAUGAUUGUUCAGAGGUACCCACAAGUCGUGCAGGGUGUACCCAGAGUGGGUUGA